GCUCCCUGGCUUUCCCUCUCCUGCGCCCCCAUAGACUCGGUUUCCCCCCUUUCCGCGGUACCUCGUGAGAUCGCAUGGGGGCAGACCCCUGUCCCCUGGGGUGCAGAGGUGUCCCUGAGCCCGCUUCCCCCCUGGUGUUGGGGUGUAGGGGAGGGCGAGUUCUUACGUUGUUCUGCGGGAUGUAGGGGCCUGGGAAUCGCCCCUUCCCUGCUGCUCCCAGCCUCCGGUGGGUGUCGUGAUGCUCCGUGUCCCUCUUCCCCUGGGGGAGCACGCCGGUCCUUGCUGCACCCCGCUCAGGACACUCUGCCUGCCGUGCUCAGGGAGGGGGUUGGGGUCUGUCCCUUGCUGCACCUCCCGGGGGUACACGUGCCCCGUGAUCCUGCCCCUGGCUGUUGGGGUGUCCCUGGGGACGGCAGCCACCCCCAUCAAGCCCUGCUCUGCUCCCAGCUCGCUUGUAGAGACCGACAGACAGAAUGCCGCUGCCGCGCAAUGCCAGGGUGCUGAGCACCAAGCAGCCCCGAGCAGGCAAGGUGGGCCCUGCCGCAGAGAAUGCCAACCCAGACAAGGAGGAGAAUGCUCAGGCCAAGAGGUCGCCAUCCUCGCCCCAGGGUGGGCCCAAGAAGAGGUCAGCGUUUGGGGACAUCACCAAUGCUCGCAAGAGCCAGGUGGUGGCAGGAAAGAAGGAGGCCGUCAAAGUGGCACCGCACAAGACACAGAGAGCCCAUACUGCCCUAGGGGUGGCCAAGAACAAUGAGAUCAACCUGAAAAAGUCAAUGAAGAAAACUCCCCCAAUUGAGACUUCUGCAGAGCCCAAGGAGGAUCCUGUUCCAGAGAAGCCAGCGCCUGUGCAGGCACCAGCAGUGGAGGACAUAGACAAGGAGCAGCUGGGUGACCCCUAUGCCAAUGCAGAGUACGCCAAGGAGAUCUUUGAAUACAUGCGGGAAAGAGAGGAGAAAUUCAUCCUCCCUGACUACAUGGAGAAGCAGCCAGACAUCAGUGGGGACAUGCGUGCCAUCCUGGUGGACUGGAUGGUGGAGGUGCAGGAGAACUUUGAGCUGAACCAUGAGACGCUGUACCUGGCUGUGAAGCUGGUGGACCACUACCUGGUGGAGGUGGUGAGCAUGAGGGACAAGCUGCAGCUCAUCGGCUCCACUGCCAUCCUCAUUGCCUCCAAAUUUGAGGAGAGGUGCCCACCAUGCGUGGAUGAUUUCCUCUACAUCUGUGACGAUGCCUACAAGCGGGAAGAGCUCAUUGCUAUGGAGAUGAACAUCCUCAGCACCCUCAAGUUCGACAUCAACAUCCCCAUCCCCUACCGGUUCCUGCGACGCUUUGCCAAGUGCGCCCGUGCCACCAUGGAGACGCUGACGCUGGCCCGCUUCCUCUGCGAAAUGACGCUGCAGGAGUAUGACUAUGCCCGGGAGAGCCCCUCCAAGCUGGCUGCCAGCUGCCUGCUGCUGGCACUCACCAUGAAGAACCUCGGUGGCUGGACACCCACACUGGAGUACUACAGCGGGUACCGGUCCCAGGACCUGCAUCCCCUGGUGAAGAGGCUGAAUUUCCUGCUCACAUACCAGCCCCAUGACAAGUUGAAAGCUGUGCGCACCAAGUACUCACACAGAGUCUUCUUUGAGGUUGCCAAAGUCACCCCCAUGGACAUGCUCAAGCUGGAGGAGACACUGAAGAGCUGCUAGCCUGGCCUCUGUAAAUAAACUGUAAAUAGCUGGGUGCUCUCUGGCAGGGGAGUUCCAUGUACAUAACUAAUACUAAUUUUAACUGAUGGGGAGGGAGGGGGUGGAAAAAAAAAAAGUCAUAUGAAGCUGUCAAUAAAAGAAGCUGUCAAUAAAA